AUGGCUCGGACUAAACAAACUGCUCGCAAAUCUACUGGAGGCAAAGCACCACGUAAACAGCUUGCAACAAAGGCAGCGCGAAAGUCUGCUCCGUCUACUGGAGGAGUGAAAAAACCGCAUCGCUAUCGUCCAGGAACUGUGGCUCUUCGUGAAAUUCGCCGUUAUCAAAAAUCUACUGAAUUGCUGAUUCGAAAGUUGCCUUUCCAACGUCUAGUGCGUGAGAUCGCACAGGAUUUUAAAACGGAUUUGCGCUUUCAAUCAGCAGCUAUUGGCGCACUGCAGGAGGCUAGCGAGGCAUAUUUGGUUGGUCUUUUCGAAGACACCAAUCUCUGUGCGAUUCAUGCUAAACGCGUUACCAUAAUGCCGAAAGAUAUCCAGCUUGCUCGUCGUAUCCGUGGUGAACGUGCUUAA